UCAUCACGACUCUUGGUAGCAGGCACUUCUCCGUAGUGGGCACUCCACUCAUCGUGUCGUCGUACGGGUUCUCCGCGAGAGGCUGUGGGGCCUGUGCCCGGGCGGGCGAGCAAGCGAGCGAGCGAACGAGCGCGAGCGCGAGCGGGCGAGCGCUGGUCGAGUGGGUCUAAGCGGCCGUGAGGACCUCUCCAGGAGUACCCGACAGAAGUCCUCUCCAUUCAUUCAUCCAUCCAUCCAGCCAGCCAGCCAAGCCAGCCCAGCAAGCCAGCCAGCCAGCCAGGCAGGCAGGCAGCCACCCAGCCAGCCAUCCAUCCAUCCAUCCAUCCAUAGAGCGGCUCUUCUCCUACGGAGAGUGUAUCCUCGACGAAGGUGGAGGCGAAGCGUAGAGUGGUACAUCUACCAUCGUCUCUCUAUCGGCGGAAUCCAAGGACUCGAAGACCCCCGUGUGAUUUCAGUCGGCCGCCGGCCGGCUCUGGCCGGCCACUAUCCUCGACCACGUGUGCAGGGUCGCCGUGUCACCGCGUCCGUAUCCUUCCUCGUCCGUUUCGGAUUUACGUGGAGCGAGACGCAACGACGACGCGAACGGCUUACGUACGUUCACGCCCGACGGUGUCGAGAGAUCCGACGAUUACGGGAGAGCCAUCCGAGUCGGCCGCCGGCCGACCGCGGCCUCGAUUUCUUUCCGGUUAUGUGUGACAGUUCGCCGCGUGCGCCACGUGACCCUGCGUCCCUUCGCCCUUAAUGUCAAUCUUGCGGCGCGAAGAUCCGGAAAGCAACGACACGCGGUGGACGACGAAUAUAUGAGAGAGAAAAUGGAUAAAGUGUGUCCAUCAUCGACGUCAAGUAAAAUACAGUGAGGACGAAGCUCGGGGGUUCGAUAGUCGCCGAGAUUAGAAAGUCGACAGUGUCCGCGGCAUCUCGCGGGUGUGGAAAUUUGUUCUCGCGAUUGCAAGAGCUAUGCGUGCGUUUAAACGUGAUCGGGAUCACGGAAAGAGAAAAGGGGACGAACACCGGCUCGCGGGGAAUGACUGCGGGCUCUACAUCGAUUUCGGGGUCAAACGGCCCCGGUGUUGGUGAAAACGGAAUUAUUAUUAUUUUUUUUUUAUUGUGCGCCCGUGAUCCAUCGUAGUAAUAAGUGAGCGCGUCGACGUACGGGAGUGACUUGUGGCAUUGUGAGAUUAACUAACCCGUGUGUACUGAUUUUCGGUCUCGAGUGAGCGAUCGAGUUCAAGUGACGGUUCAAGUACUUUCGAAACUCCACGGCGAAGAUUCGGGACAUUCGGAUUUCGUGACCCCCAAGGGGUACGACGGUGUCGUGUCGAGGAACACGUUGGCGGCGCGAUCUCGGCGAUCGGCGAUCGGCGAGCGGCACGAGCUAGACGAGAAAGGGCAAGAGAGAGAGAAAGGGAGCAGAGGUAACGUCAUAAUGCGCCGUUGUUACGGCUAGCGCCGGCCUCAUCAUUCCGCGAAGCGCGAGCUUCAAGUACUUCGACGGCGUCGGGCUCGCCGAGAUGAGCGGUGGCAGCGGCGGCGGCGGAAACGGCGGCGGCAAUCAAGGCGGUAAUGGCAACGCCACGACUUAUCAUCAGCAGCAACAACAGCAACAGCAACAGCAGCAGCAGCAGCAGCAACAACAACAACAACAGCAGCAGCAGCAUCAGCAAUCGCUGGAGCAGGCCGGCCUGCUGUCUGACCUCAAUGGGAUCGACCUGGCGAUGAGCCUGUCGCCCAAGCAGCAUUCGUCUCACGUGCAGACUGCUGGCGGUGCCCACACUACGCCCUUCAGCGUCACCGAUAUUCUGUCGCCGAUCGAGGAGUCCUAUCGGAAGCUCGAGCUCGCCGCCGCUGCCGCCGCCGUCGGUGUUGGUGUCGGCGUCGUUACGCAUUCCCAGGGUUCACCUUACGGGAACGCAUGCGGUGCACGGGUGGGUGGUAACACCGGUAGCUCGAGCGCGAGCAGCGGCAGCCCGCCGCUCCACGGCGGUUCGACGCCCGGCGGCAGCACCCCCGGACCGGUUUCCGUUGCCAACGGGGCCGCCCCCGGUGGCGGCGGCGGUAGUGCCGGCGGAGGCAUGAGUGCCAUGGGUAAUCCUUACGCGACUAUGCAGCUCACGUCGCAAUAUCAAUAUUGCGCCGCGGAAUUGUCGCCGUACCAUCACGCCGGGCCCGGCGUGGGCGCCACGGCCACAGCCACGGACCCCAUGAGGUCCCACGCGGUUUCGUCGCACCAUCAUCCGUGGUACGCACCGGCGCCACCAGCCACCAAUGAUCCGCGAUUUGCCAUCUCGCGGCUGAUGGGCGCCGCGGCGGCCGGCGGGACCAACAUGGCCGGUUGCUCGGUGGGCCAGUCGAUGGGCGACAUGACCAAGUCGUCGGGAAUGGGGGUGGGCGUCGGCGUCGGAGUCGGCGUCGGCAUGGGCGUCGGCGCGAUGCAAUUUCCCCUCGCGCAGAGACGGAAGAGACGCGUGCUCUUCACCCAGGCCCAGGUCUACGAGCUCGAAAGGCGAUUCAAGCAGCAAAAGUACCUCAGCGCGCCCGAGCGGGAGCAUCUGGCGUCCUUAAUUCAUCUAACGCCCACGCAGGUGAAGAUAUGGUUUCAAAAUCAUCGGUAUAAAUGCAAGAGGCAAGCAAAGGAAAAAGCUAUGGCCGAGCAAAACGCCCAAAAUCAGGUAAUUACGCAAAUUUCGAAGUCUUGUGUGAACCGCUUCGAAAGUGAAACGUUCGUUGAAUAUAAUAUUACGAAUUUCGCAAAGACGCACCAUUUCGAUGACUUCUACUAUGUCUAAGGAACUAAAUAAACGCCAUUUGUUUGUACUCGUUAAGUGAUACACGCAUAUUGCAUAGUUUAUACAUAAUUUUCAAAUCUAUUUAUUGUCAUGAAAUUAUGUAGAAUAAGAAAUUGAUUCCCACAAGCGGUGAAGAAAUUUAAUUGUUGAAAAAUAAUGCGCUAUGUAUAUUGUUAUAGGUGAUACCGAAGGUAAUAAAGUAUAUUAUAUAAUAUCUAGUAAAAAGUUGUUUUUGGGCUGUUUUGGUCAGAAGAAGUCACACCAAAAUUCGGAUCUCAUAAUCGCCGAUCGAUGCGAUCCGAUGUCAAAACGUGUUAUUUUAUUUGCAUUCGGCAUCGAGUUGCCGUCCGCGUCUUCGGGUCGGUUCCCAGCGAUUUUAAAACAAUGUCGCGUCACCGUAGUGUCGACCGAUCCGAAAUGAAAUGGCUUUAAAUGGAGAAAUAUCGCGGAAGCCGCAUAAAUCCUCGCAUCCGCAUCAUAUUUCGUUUCGAGAGUGCCACUCGACCGCGCGAAACGAUUUUGCAUUUAUUUUGUUAUGUCAUUUGGGAUUUCCGAGGGAUAUAUCGCGCCGUGUGCGCGUGUUCGACAGAACGAUAAAAUUGCUCGCGUUGAGCACGUAAUCACGCGCCCGUCGGCGUUUCACGUGGCUCAAAAAUAUAGCGCGAGAUUACAGAGUCGGGUAAAAUAGCGAAUUUGUGCGCCCGAUGAAAUUCAAUAUUCGCUAUAAUCCGAGUUAAAAAUAGCGCGGGACAUUGAUCGGGAUAAUGUCACGUGUGGAGAUGGAAAUGAAAUCCUUUGGUAUACAUUACUUCCGCAGUUCGAAAGAAGCGAGGCUUUAAUGAGGAACGUAAUGACUUCUCGUAUAAGAGAUUCUUAAAUCGCAAAAUUUUUAAACGGCGGAUUUAUGCAUUAAAUGGAAUUGGAAAUUUGUGUUGAAAAAUUGAAAUUUUUUAUAAUUUGUUAAAAAUGCGUUGGGUAACAUAACAUUGAUCAGGACAGCUUCGUGAUAGAAAUGAAAUGCUUUAAUAUACUUUCGAAGAGGUGGACUCAGUGUGAGAAGAACAACACUUAUAAAAUAAUC